GACGGCGGAGCUAAAGCGGCGGCCGAAGCAGCUUCAUUGUUGUGAAGAGUCUUAAAGGGGCCGCAUCGCCCGGCCGGCCCGGCGCGGGUCGGGGGUGGGUGCGGCAGGGGUCCCGGGGCGGCCAAGAGCAGAGGACGGACGGAAAGGCGGGCAGGGGGCGCGGAAGCCGACGAAGCGGAACGGGCAUCGGAGCGACCCCCCCAGAGAGGCCCCGCCCCGGCCCUGGCCCCGGCCCGGCCGGAUGGAACCCCCCGCGGCCAAGCGGAGCCGGGGCUGCCCCGCGGAACCCGACGAGCGCGAUGCCGGGGCUGGGGCCGCGCGUGGCCAGGGCCGGCCCGAGGCGCUGCUGGACCUCAGCGCCAAGCGGGUAGCCGAGAGCUGGGCCUUCGAGCAGGUGGAGGAGCGGUUCUCCCGGGUGCCUGAGCCGGUCCAGAAGCGCAUCGUGUUUUGGUCGUUUCCACGCAGUGAACGGGAAAUAUGUAUGUACUCGUCGCUGGGUUACCCGCCCCCAGAGGGCGAGCACGACGCCCGGGUGCCCUUUACCCGCGGGCUGCACCUGCUCCAGAGCGGGGCUGUGGACCGCGUGUUGCAAGUGGGAUUCCAUUUGAGUGGAAACAUCCGCGAGCCGGGGGGUCCUGGAGAGCCUGAGCGCCUCUACCACGUCUCCAUCAGCUUUGAUCGCUGCAAGAUCACGUCGGUGAGCUGCGGCUGUGACAACCGCGACCUCUUCUACUGUGCCCACGUCGUGGCCCUGUCCCUGUACCGCAUUCGGCACGCCCGCCAGGUGGAGCUACGGCUGCCCAUCUCCGAGACGCUCUCCCAGAUGAACCGGGACCAGCUGCAGAAGUUCGUGCAAUACCUCAUCAGCGCCCACCACACUGAGGUGCUGCCCACCGCUCAGCGCUUGGCUGAUGAGAUCCUCCUGCUGGGCUCUGAGAUCAACUUGGUGCAUGGCGCCCCAGACCCCACCGCUGGCGCAGGAAUCGAGGACGCCAACUGCUGGCACCUGGACGAGGAGCAGAUCCAGGAGCAGGUGAAGCAACUGCUGUCCAACGGCGGCUACUACGGGGCUAGCCAGCAGCUGCGCUCCAUGUUCAGCAAGGUGCGGGAGAUGCUGCGAAUGCGGGACUCCAACGGGGCGCGCAUGCUGAUCCUCAUGACCGAGCAGUUCCUGCAGGACCCGCGCCUGGCCCUGUGGCGGCAGCAGGGCGCCGGCAUGACGGACAAGUGCCGGCAGCUCUGGGAUGAGCUGGGGGCCCUGUGGGUUUGCGUCGUCCUGAGCCCCCACUGCAAACCAGAGGAAAGGGCAGGCUGGCUCCAGCUGCUCAGCAGGUGGGACAAGCUCGACGUGUGCCCACUGGAAGAAGGCAACUACUCCUUCGACGGCCCCAGCCUGCAGCCCACCGUGGCCCCCAUCCCAGGCUCGGAGGAAGAGGAAGAGGUGGCAGCCACAAGUCCCCGCCACACGGUAUUUGGCCGCGCGUUGCUGGCUGGAGAGCUGCACUGGAAUGACACCUACCUGCAGAGGAUCCUGGCCAGUGACUCCUACGGGCCCAGCCUCACAGGCAGCGUGGGUGGGGACAAACCGACUUUCGACCCCCAGGGCCGCCCACUGUGGCUGGGAGAACCUUUCCCCACUGCCUGCGCCCGUGUGGACACCCUGCGUGCCCACGGAUACCCCCAGCAGGCCCUGCGGCUGGCCAGUGCCAUCAUCAACACGCUCCGGCUGCAGCGGCGGCAUCAGCUGGAGAGCUACAAGCAGCAGAAAAAAGAGCUGCUCCAGAAGGGUUCCACCUGCAUCACCAACACUGAAGGAUGGGUGGGGCACCCCCUGGACCCCAUUGGCUGCCUCUGCAGGGCGCUCCUGGAGGCCUGUCGUCUGGAGGAGGAGACACUUACCCUUUACCCAGCAGCCCUGGCCCUGUCUUCCCCAGACUCAGGCCCCGAGAAGCGGAAGGUGGCCUACCAGCACGUGCCUGUGCCCGGGAGCCCUGGAGAGUCCUAUUUGGUGCUGGCGCUGGAGGUGGCACUGCUGGGGCUGGGGCAGCAGCGGGCCCUGCCGGAGGGGCUGUACGCCCAGGACAAGGUGGUGCGCAACGAGGAGCAGCUGCUGGCCCUGCUGGAGGAAGUGGAAUUGGAUGAGCGGUUGGUGCAAGUGCUGCGCAAACAGGCGGGGCUGCUGCUGGAAGGGGGUCCCUUCAGUGGCUUCGGGGAGGUGCUGUUCCGGGAGAGCGUGCCCAUGCACACCUGUGCCCGCUACCUGUUCACUGCACUGCUGCCUCAUGACCCCGACCUGGCCUAUCGCCUCGCGCUGCGAGCCAUGAGGCUGCCUGUACUGGAGACAGCAUUUCCUGCUGGAGAACCUCAUCCCAGCCCGCUGGACUCCAUCAUGAGCAACCGCUUCCCCCGCUGGUUCAUCCUUGGCCACCUGGAGACCCGCCAGUGUGAACUGGCUUCCACCAUGUUGACAGCCGCCAAGGGAGACCCCAAGUGGCUACACGCGGUACUGGGCUCCAUCCAGCAGAACAUCCACUCUCCCGCCCUGCUCUUCAAGCUGGCGCAAGACGCCUGCAAGACAGCCACCCCGGUCAGCGCCCCACCAGACACCACGCUGCUGGGCAUCGCACUGGAGCUGGGGCUGCAGGUGAUGCGGAUGACUCUGAACAUAAUGACCUGGCGGCGGAGGGAGAUGGUGCGCUGGCUGGUCAGCUGUGCCACAGAGAUUGGCCCGCAAGCCCUGAUGAAUAUCAUGCAGAACUGGUAUUCCCUAUUCACACCGGUGGAGGCGGCCACCAUCGUAGCAGUGACGGGCACCACACACGCCACUCUGCUGCGACUGCAGCUGGACACAUCCCGGAGGGAGGAGCUCUGGGCCUGCGCCCGCACCCUGGCCUUGCAGUGCGCCAUGAAGGACCCUCAGAACUGCGCUUUGCCUGCCCUGACCCUGUGUGAGAAGAACCACUCGGCCUUCGAGGCGGCCUACCAGAUCGUGCUGGACGCGGCGGCCGGCGGCCUGGGCCACGCCCACCUCUUCACUGUGGCCCGCUAUAUGGAGCACCGCGGGCUGCCGCUCCGGGCCUACAAGCUGGCGACGCUGGCCCUGGCGCAGCUCAGCAUUGCCUUCAACCAGGACAGCCACCCUGCCGUCAACGACGUGCUUUGGGCCUGCUCGCUCAGCCACUCCCUGGGCCGGCACGAGCUCUCUGCCAUCGUCCCCCUCAUCAUCCGCAGCAUCCACUGUGCCCCAAUGCUGUCCGAUAUUCUGCGCCGCUGGACUCUCUCGGCGCCCGGCCUGGGCCCCUUAGGGGCACGCCGGGCCACCAAGCCACUGGGUGCUGACCGGGCGCCGCUCUGCCAGCUCCUGGAUGCGGCAGUCACCGCCUACAUCACCACCAGCCACUCGCGCCUCACGCACAUCAGCCCGCGGCACUAUGGGGACUUCAUAGAAUUCCUGGGCAAGGCCCGGGAGACCUUCCUGCUGGCGCCCGACGGGCACCUCCAGUUCGCACAGUUCUUGGAGAACCUCAAACAGACCUACAAGGGCAAGAAGAAACUCAUGCUUUUGGUGCGGGAGCGUUUUGGUUGAGGGGCAGUGGGGUGCGUGGGAGUGGGGAUCCCCCUCGCCCCUGCGUCCCCCACCCUUGCUCUCCAAUUAGGCCCACGUGGCAUUUCAGUAUUAUUAAGUCAGGGAAGGAGCCCGGCUGGAGACGGGGGGCAGGGGAAGGGGCAUCCUGCCACGUGUGUGCCUGGGAGUGUGUGAGCAAGUGUGCAGGACCCCAGAAACAGAAGCCAUACUGCCCCCCAGAAGCUUAGAAGGGGUGUGUCCUUGGGCUGCUGGUAUGACCCCACUUUGGGCCCCCCAAAAGCAAUAGAGAAACUUCCCUUACCCAGACUGGCUUGGGCUCCAGGAGGGAAGCUGGGAGGCAGGACUUUCCAGAAAUCAGCCCUCUAAAUCAAUGUAGCACAUUUUCCCCCAACCCCACCCUGGGUGGCCAGGGGUCCUCCCCCACCCCUUACUCCUCAGGGCCCCCCGUUAUGCCACCUCCAAAGUGGCUGCCCAGCCCGGACCCAUGGCUCGCCCCCACUGAAGGAAUUGAAGAGGCCUCAGGCCUCAGCCUCAUACCUCACCCCCUUAUCCUCCUGUGUGGCCAGGACCCCCAUUUCCUUGGGCACUCGGGUCCCAGGGUGGGCUAAGGGUUAGGGAAGUCAUCGCUGCCCUCUCCUCUCACCUGCUAGUCACUGGACGUACAACUCAGGAACUGAGCGAGGCUCACACUGCCCCUCCCAACCUGGGGUGGGGGGACACAGAUGAGAGAGAGCCAGAGACCCCACCCCCGAUCGGGAAAGGAAAGAGACCUGCAUCUUGGCGUUUUUCUGGCUCUCUUUUCACCCUUUCUCCUCCUGUCUUUCUGCUUCGCCCCUUCAUCUUACUCUGUUUUCAUUUUUCCUGGCACUUACCUGCCUUUCUCUCUGCACCUAAGUCCCUACCGCCGACUCUCUUUGGCCAUCCUUCCUUUCCCCCACCUUGACCCAAGGAGGAGAAGGGAGAACAUCACCCCCCCCCGUCACCCCCACAUCUCCCUUCUUGUAUAUUAAGGACAAAAGAUCACAUCAUUUUGUAACUUUUUUUCUAUUUAUUGAACGGUGUAUUAUAUGUCCUUUUUUUUUUGUUUUUUAAGACUGAACAGAGCUUUUUCUUUUUAAUUUUGAGACUGGGGUGUGUCUCCAGAGCCACUCACACCCGCAACCCCAUUUCCUCC